AAUGGCAGACGUCUCGUUGGAUGAAGUUAUACGGCGGCGCGGCAUUAACCAGAAACCUCCACCUAAACGGCCCGUGUUCGGACGGCUUGGGGCAGGAGAUGCAAAGAAUUUUGAUGCCAGGCAAAAAAUUGGGCUGAACGAUGCAAGGCAACGCCUAGGAGUAGGAGUAGGAGGAGGAACAGGUUUUCAAGUGAAGGACGCCAGAGAGAAGCUGGUCCAGAAAGACGCUCGGUUCAAAAUCCGCGGCAGGGGAGGGGCAGCGGCGGGAGGCGUGCAGGACGCCCGGCAGAUGAUCAAUUCGCGCAAGCAGGGGCUGAGUCAGAGUCAGUUCGGCUCCCCAGCGCAGACCACACUAAAGGCGGCGAUCGUGCAGCAGCUGCAAAGCAAGACCGCCGUACCACAGAUCCAAAUCCAAACCGGCAACAACCUCGCCAGUGCAAACGCCAGGCAGUUCACAACUACCGUACAAGGACUGAUUCCCCGAGUCAGCGCGACACCACAGCUGACCAAUAGCGUUCGAGUAAUGGACGCCCGUGACAGGCUGAGCCUCAAGAGGAGCAUGGGAGGAACACAGACGCAAACAGCUGCGGAGCCGCCUCUAAAAAUAACCAAGACCAUCCAGCAACGUCCAGCUGGGACUUUAGGGGGAAUUCGUGCGAUGACGCAGCCUGCCGUCAGUAACCUCGACAGCAUCGCCAGCAAACAAAUAAAGAUAACGACCGCCAACAACAUGCUGCAGUCCCGGACCGGCCCUGCAGGGUCCAUGUUCUCCAUUACGGCCCCGAUCACUAAGGUGGUUAAAAAUGACGCCUACACGGCCCCGCGGCCCCCGGUCCCUGUGGCCCCCACCCGGCCCAACACCAGCACGGCGGCCGCUCGUUCCUCUGCUGCAGCGCUGCAGCCCGUGUCCAGGACUCUGCAGCAGAGCGCAGCGGAGACCAGCGCCGCAGCACCGACUCCUCCACAGCCUGCAUUCAGCCCGUUGGAGGGGACCAAAAUAACGGUGAGCAACCUUCAUCCGCGGGUUAGCGAGGAGGACAUAAUGGAGCUGUUCUGCGUGUGCGGCGCUUUGAAGCGAGCGCGCCUGGUGAAGGUGGGCGUAGCCGAGGUGGUGUUUGUCCGUAAGGAGGACGCUGUCAGCGCAUACAGGAAGUACAACACUCGCUGCUUGGAUGGCCAACCCAUGAAGUGCAACCUUCAUAUUCAAGGAACCGUCAUCACCUCCGAUCAGCCGAUCCUACUGAGACUCAGCGACACGCCAGGCGCUGGCGGCGGCACGAAGAAAGACGGCCUGCCUCCCUCUCUGUCCCGCCCCAGCGGCCAGCGCGCCUCCUCUCAGCCCACGGCCGAAGUGGACCCCCAGACCAUCCUCAAAGCUCUGUUCAAGUCCACCACGCAGUCCACCUCCACCACCGAGGCCCCCAGCUCACAGACCACCGCCUUCCGCAUCAAGAUAUAGAAGAAUCAAGACACGGGCAGCCCGCAGUCUCUGAUGAAACUGGUUUUUACACAUUUCAUUUCAUCGAGUACUCGGAACAAGGGGGGAGGAAAUUGAUGAUCGGCGUCUUCUUCUGUUUUUGGUUUUGUGCAAUCAGAUGUUACCUGGACCAGAUGGAGAAGCUUUGAUAUUGUGAGUCGGCAUAAAGAGGACGUGUGUGCUGCGUUCUUUUAUGAAAUCGAUUAUUAUUUUUUGUUUUUUGUUUUUUUUUACUCUGCAGAAACUUGCAGUUUCCAAAAGAGAAUAAUUGAAAACCGAAGUUAUUUCAAAGAAUCAACAUCAUUUAAAGAAACGCACACAUACUGGGUGUGUUUAGUUAUUAGGUCGUCCGUCAGAGUUGGAUCUAUCCAUUACAGGAUAUUUCUGGUUUCUUUAGCAAUCCCUCCUCCUCCCCGCUUUGGGACCUAUUGAAUCCAUCUAACAGUUCUGCUUGUAAAAAAAAAUUAUAAUAAUUGCUACAUGUAACACAGAAGUACCAUGUUUCCAUUGGAUUUCCAGUUUGUGUGGAAUUCAGUGCUGUUUGUAACAAGUUUUUUGUCAUGCUUGUUUAGGUUUUGGAGCAGAAUUAAACACAAUUUGUGGUAGUUACAUUCUGUUUAUCAAAAGCCUGUAAAUUACUUUUAGGUUGCUCUGUCAGUUGCGGUUGUUGGAUCCGUUUGUGAAAUGUUUCCAUUAAAUAUUUAGCUUUGUA